AUAGAUUAGAAGGUCGAAUGAUAAAUAGAGCUUUAGCUUUAAAAAUACCAGUGGUUAAUGUGGAAUGGAUGAACGAUAUACUUCUUGGUGAAAUAAUUAGUUUACAACACUUUAAGUGCCCAAAAUACCAAAAAUAUGAUUUGCCCAAUCCAUAUCAUAUUAAUUACGAUAAAGUAUCAGUUUUAAUGGAGCCUUGGAAAGAGCUUCCAAUGACAAAAAAAAGAAUAGAAACACGUGUUACACAAGAAUUAUUACCAUCUGGUGUGAAUAAUGAUGAUGGGCAUCUUGCAAAAAAAGCAAAAAAGGACAACAAACACAAAUAACAGUCAUUACAAAAGAUCAUAAAUCAAUUUUCCAUGUGAAUUGACAACUGACUACUUGAAAGUAAAAUCAAGACAGCAUAUUCUCAGUAAAGACAUAGAAAACCAUAUAAACUCGAACUUUAGUUAUAACAAUAAAAUUAUCAAAAUUGUAUGAUUACAUAUAAAAUGGUAGAUAU